AUGGCUUGCAAGUUAAUUUUUAGUCUAUUAAUUGGAUUUGUAAUUUCUAGGUUAAGAAAAGAAACCCUAGGCUUUUCGGCUGUUGCGAAGUAUUUCCGUUGGUCGGGGUCUGCUAGUUCACGUGCCUACAAACGAAAUGUCGGGCUGAAACUGGCGGGAAGGGAAAGCGACUGUCGGAGUUGGUCGACGCAUUUAUCGGCUGUCUGGGAUGGACAUGCGGAAGGAGAUGGUGAGUCAAAAGAUUCAGUGCCAUUGCUGUCAGGACCACAUACAGGCUUCUGUGUGGAUUUGGCCUGCAUGGGCGGGUUAUUGGAGGGGAACCGUCUGUUUGAACAGGAAACCUUGGUUGCAAAAAGUUUUGGUACGUGGACACUUGACAGUUUAACUACGUCUAGUUCUGUUUUGGGUGGGACCUUACGAGGUGUUGAGGGUUCUGCCAUGCUUAUGUAA